AUGAAGAAGAAGAAGAAGAUAGAGCCUUAUCAGGAAGAACAACAGCACCAGCACCACAAACAAGAACAAAAAGAGUUGGAAAUAUUGAAAGCAGUGGCACAAGCCUGGUACAGCCACUCAGGAAGCUCUAAACCUAUGAGUGAGUUUGAUGCACGCAGAAGAAACUUCAAAGUGAAGCCUUCAAGGUUCAAGCUAGAAGUAAUGAGGGACACAGGUUCUUCUUCUUUUUCUUCACCUUGUUACUGGAAUUUUCAGCAGUCACUUUGGGAUUCAUAUGAACUUGUGACAGUGUCAAGAAGGAUUGAAACGGGGUUGGAUCUAGAUAAUAACCCUUUUGAUGACUUAUGUGGUUCGAUUCAAAGCCAACGGAGGCGAAAGCUGGAGAGUAAGAAUAGCCUCAGAAAUCUGUUCUCUCAUUUUUCUUCUAGACGGUUUAAUGCUGCCAAAAUUCCACAGGAAAACGAUACAUGA